AUGGCUUCCAUCUAUGAUCUAAACCACCCACCCAAUCCGUUCUGGGAUUAUCUGGCUUCAUCCAUCCAGGAUCAUCCUUUCUUUGCCCCUCGGGGUCACCACCACUCUCGUCACCCUCCUCCCUUCUGGGGCUCGGGCAACCAUCACCAUCCUUAUCACCAUCACGGACCUUCUCCAUUCUGGGGAUGGGAUAACCGACCGUCAACCGACGAUAAUGCCCGGGACUCUGAAAGACCCGCUGCCGAUGGCCAAAAUACCGAGCAGGCUGCUGGCCCAUCCACUUCUGCCGAGAAGAACCGUGAUGCAGAGAAUGACAAAGGCGUAUCUUCUGACAUCGAGACCGACAACGAACCGCGUUGUCGCGGCCGGUGUGGCAAGGGCCAGCACCCCGGUCGUGACGGUCCUCAUGGGUUAGGUAGAGGACGAGGUGGCAGGGGCCGCUGCGGACCAGGCCACCGUGGCCAUCCUGGAGCUGGACCAUUUGGUCACCAUGGAAGAGGCGGCCACCACUGGGGAGGCCGUGGCGGCCGAGGCAGACGCCACGAUGGCCCUGCACCGCCCUUUGGCGCAGGACCAGGCUUCCCAAACUUUGAAGUGUUGCGCAAUAUCGCUUCCCAGUUUGGAAUCCAGUUGAACGGUCCAACUCCAGACGGAGUGGACUUUGUGCCAUCCGUGGAUAUCUUCGACACACCCACCAACUAUACCGUGCAUGUCUCCCUCCCUGGAGCCAAGAAGGACGAUCUCAGCAUUGACUACGACCCUGAUGAGUCUGUUCUGCACCUUGCCGGUGUCGUCUAUCGCCCUGGCAUUAGCGAAGACCUGCAUCAAGCUCUAGCGGUGGAGGAACGGUCCCGCGAGGUUGGUGUUUUCGAGCGCGAAAUCCGCCUCGGAACUCACGAGGCGCCUGCCAACAUUUCAGUGGAUGCGAUCACUGCCAAAUUGGAGGAGGGUAUUCUGAAUGUGAUCCUGCCGAGAAUUGAAGCAGAGCCAGAGCCGAAGAAGAAGGUUGUCGUUGAAGACGGCAAUGUCGUGAACGAGAAGGAUGCUAUGCAUGUGGAUGAAAGCGCUAGCGAGACGAUGACUCCCCCGGGAUCGGACGAAAGCAACUUGGAUGAGGAUGAGACUAAGGAAUAUGUCAAGGUUCCUGUGCUUUAG